AUGAAUUUGAGAAAGAUCGAGGACGUAGACAUUGCAAAAUACACCAAAGAUAAUUGGGAACCUUUAAGAAACGAAUGGGAACCUUACGCUAAAAGAGAUAUGUUAUGUCUCGGAGCUUGUUUGAUAAAAUACAAUCAAGCAAUGAAAGAAGUUGUAUUUCAGAAUAUUUCCAAUAAUCUAACGGCUCCUUCUAUAUCUUUAAAGGGUAGUAAUUGUAUGAAAUUAUUAGGUAAUUCGCUGUAUGGUAAAUCUAUUCAGAAGGAUACAACUACAUCGAGACAUCUAUGGAGUGAAGUGACUUUAAAAGCCAACUUCGAUUCACACGUUAUACACUAUGAAAGAGUAAAUGAUAGUCAAUAUAUAGUUGAAGAAGAAAAAGAGUUUAUUCCUCCUAAAUCUACACGACUAACACCUAGUCAUUUGGGAUUAUUCGUUUUAUCUCACAGUAAAAAAAUAAUGAAUAAUUUUAUUCGCGUGAUAGAUGGAUUUUAUAAGCCUGAAAUAUACUAUACUGAUACCGAUAGUUUAUACAUUUCGUCUAGCAAUUGGGAUAAAUUAAAUGAAGCUGGGUUGGUGUCCGAAAAUGAUUAUUGUAAAGGAAAGAAUGAUUACGGUGAUGGUGGAUUUAUAUUUGUUUUGUAUUUAGCGCCAAAAGUUAAAUACAAUAUCAUUCGAACUUCCGAUGGUGUUUUAAAAGAAAAGAAAACGUAUAAGGGUUACUCUAAAGAUAAGAUAUCUGUAGAAGAUUAUAUUCGAUUAGCUAGUGGACAGGAUGUAACGAAUGAAUUUAAAUACAAUAUCAUUCUAACUUCCGAUGGUGUUUUAAAAGAAAAGAAAACGUAUAAGGGUUACUCUAAAGAUAAGAUAUCCGUAGAAGAUUAUAUUCGAUUAGCUAGUGGACAGGAUGUAACGAAUGAAUUUAAGAAACCUUGGGUAAAAAGCUUCACCAAUGGAGUAGUUAUUCCAAAGGAUGAUGAUAAACAAAAGAAAGUUUUUUAG